AUGCGCUUUUUUAUCGAAGACCUCUUCACCCAAACCAGAGAUACAGACCCAGAUCUGCGGUUUAUGGCCCUCAAUGACCUCGAGAAGGAAAUCCUGAGCAAUCCAGAUUCGUUUUCGAGUGAGGCGCGGAUCCAGUACGCCAAGAUUCUUCUUCACUGUCUGGACGACGAGUUCCCCGAGGUUCGCACACAGGCAUUGAAAUGCUUUGAGACUCUGACUCCACGUCUUGGCGGCUACGUGGUGUCUGUAGUGGCCGCUUUGAGCAAGAAGAAGCCCGAGAAAGUCUCCAUCACCUCCACUAUCUAUACAAUGGCGAUCCACAAUGUUUUGAAGAAUUUCGUUGCCAACGAGUCUGUGGCGCGCGACGUGGCGAACUACGUGCUGGGUGAGGUGUUUGAGGUGGGAAAUACCGCUUUUUACACCACCAUAGACUAUAUUGAGAUCGUGACCGACCUCAUUGAAUAUCUGGGCAAAUACCUGACUACUUCGCAAUUAAACAACAUAGCCGAGCUGCUGGCCAACGCCUGCUACGCAGCAGACAUAGUGAUUGCAAAAAAAUCUGUUUUGGCCCUUGGACUGGUGGCUAGAAACUUCACCUCUGUCGAACAGCUGCAAAAACUCAUUUCCCUAAUCAGCAAAACCGCUACUCACAAACAACAGGAGACGACACUCAAGGUGCUGAGCAAUCUUGUGCGCUCGAACGCUAAGUUGAUGGCGCAGAUUGUCCCGCAGGUCCACCCCACUGUGCUCAAUGGACUAUAUUUGGAUACACUUGACGAGCCCGACGACGACUUCGACGCUCAGCAGGAGACCGAGGAGACCCGUGCCGAGGCUCUUGGGUGUCUUGUUGCCAUGUUUGAGUGUCUUCCCAUGGAAGAGCAUGUUUCUGGGUCGUUGGAACUGGCUGCACGCUUUAUUGGCUACAAUCCGUACAAAGAUGACGCAGAGGAGGAGCUGGAGGAGGAGGACGAGUACGAGCUUUCUGAUCUUGAUGACGAUGAUGAUGACGAUGGAUCCGGACUUUCGUGGAAGCUGCGGCGCGAGUCUGCAAGACUGGUCAGUGUUAUCCUUGAGAAACAUCCGUUGGCUCUCACGACGGUUUUCCAGUAUGUCUUUGAGCCGCUUUUGGGCCAGCUGCAAGACGACAAUGGAACGGUUGUGUCGGAGGUUUUACGAACCCUCACGAAAAUAUUCCGCUUCAGUGUCCAGGACGGUCCGUACUACACAUUGAAAUUCUUCAACUCUUUAAAUGACUACGCCAGCGGGCGUCGGGGAUCGGAUGUCAGCAUGCAGAGCGACGAUGACCCGUCUAUUUAUCUGGGCAACAAGAGCGCAGACAUUUGCGAGGCGUUCGGCAAACUGCUUGUGACAAAGAACUCGUCAAAACUAUCGUUGCUGUACGACUUUUUCGUGGAGUUUUCCAACGCGACAGAUGGCUGCGAAGCGCAAUGGACGCCGGCAUUGAUGAACAAGCUAUUGGACUUGAGAGAAUCCAGCAUCACUUCUGAGGUUAUCAAGUUCUACGCGGCAGUUUUAAAGAAGUAUUCCUUGACAGACCUUGGAAGCAGCUCCCGGAGAAUAGUUGCCGACAUUGUUGGCUGCGUAGCAUCCUCGUCCAAUCAUGAGCUCGUGCUGGAGACUCUGGGCCUGCUCACCGACAUGCUCGAGCACGAGCCAGGUGCCCAGCUUCCGAGCGUCGAAAAACCUCUCAUAGAAAAAGCCUCCAACAAAAACUACUCGACAGAGAUCCGUCAAAAGGCGCUCCUUUGUCUAUGCUCGCUGGUCACCAAGUCGGAGGUUUUGGACUUGCAAACUGCGUUGAAAGUGUUUGUGGACACCAUAACGGUCGAGUUUCUGGUGGCUGUGGACCUGCAUUGUAUUGAGACUAUAGUGUCUCGUAUUCCACAGAACCUGUCUAGCGACUGGUAUCAUCCGAUAGUUUUGCAGUUGGUCGAAUAUCUGACAAUUUCCGAGCUCCAGGCCCAGAGUUUGAAUACACUGGCUAGCCUGGCACCCUACCUGGACGAAAAGGACGGUCUCCUGGCAUUUGAGCGCAUUGUUGUGGCCAGCGAGGCGGGUAAAAUCGCUUCGGAAAAUGCAGUUUGCGUUUGCAUGAUCUUGAGCGUGUUGAUUACCAAGGUGACUGUUCCGGACGUCGAUCGACUCAUUGGUUUGCUAGUUCAGUUCUCAAAAGCCCCUGGCUUUGACCAGAACACGCUGGCUGACCUAACCAAUGCCAUACUGGGCCAAAAACCGGCCAAGCAGUUUAUUGAUGUUGUGCUGCAACAUGGCACGCAUAGCGACCCAAACGUGUCCAAGAUUCUGGGUCUGGUAAGCGUGAGCGACAAAAACUUUGCCUCCAUUGAGGAGACACUACAGAAUUUGAAUAACAACGAAAACGUGCUGUUUUCCAUUACGUUUCUGGACCAGGUGUCCAAAUCCAUGGAUCUGGAUGUUGGACUGGCACCAUUUGUGCGUCAUCUCGGCGACGACGAAGAGAUUAAAAACGCUGCUAUCUCUGCGAUCGCCACUAUCGUGUCUCGCAACCCGGAAAAAUAUCUCAACGAGUUGAAAACAAAACAGAUCGAAAUGGGGGCCACAGUUCCCAUCCUGCAUGCUCUAAAGACCGCUUUGCAAAAUAUCAAUCUUGACACGACAUCCUCCAAGCAUCUAUUCAAUCUGCUACUCAAAGCCGAGCUUGAAAAAUCGGACGCUGUGGAGGCAACAGCUGCAAUAAUUGCUUUUCUUGCAAUCCACGACUCGUUGCUGCCGGAAAUGUGCUCUAUUUUGUCCUCCAGCCCGUCUCGGACACAGAAACUGGUGCUAGGUUCUACCACAAAGCAGGUGCUUGUUGACCCGUCGUUGGAGUCGGACUUGAUCUUACUGUCCAGAUACCUUGAGCUAACAUCUGCGGAAGAGUACAUCUUUAGUGGCGAUCUGGAACUCAAACAGCUUGGAGUUUCGAAUCUCAUCUUUGCUUUGCACAAAAAACCCCUGGUUGCUCUUCCGCUGGUGUCCAAGAUCAUGCCGCGCCUGCUUGAAACCGAGCUGGAGCAGAAGAAGGAAUAUGUCGAGGUCGUUAGGAUUGGUCCUUUCAAACACAAGCUGGACAAGGGUCUGAACUACCGAAAAGGGCUCUACGAGAUGGUGUAUUCGCUGCUGACCACACUCGAGACCAAUCCGCAGUUUUUGGUGAUCAGCCAGAUCGACUGGGGCCAGGUGUUUGAGAAAUUUGUGGCCAGAGCGUUCAAGGACGACCCAACCGUCAUUUUCAUCUGUCUGUUGACGCUCAUCAAAAUCAUCAGCCUCAAACCGACGAUUUUCGCCGGAAACCAGACUCUUGAAAAUUUCAUCGCAGCAUGUUCCAAAGUGCUGGAUAAAAAACUCAAGGACGACGCUCCGAAGCAGGAGCUCGAGAAACGCAACGACACUGUGCGGGCCGUCCUGAGAUGCUGCAAAAAAAUUAACACCAUGGUGGAAGCCGGUCAGCUCAAACUGGACAGCUACUCGAGCUGGUCGAAGUUUGUCGGCACACUGAAAACCAAGUAUCCUAUUUUCGAUAUUGAGGAAUGACCAUACAUACGUUUAGUAGCCAAAACACUCCAGACCUUUAUCAAAUCCCUGCUCCCAUUCCCAAAUAAAAUUGCUACUUCCCCGGGAGGCAACGUGCUGCUGCCGUCUGAGCGCCUUCCAUGCUGCUCUGCGGCCGAUCCGCGAGUUAUCAAAUCUCGCAAAUUCCACGCUGUCGCUCCAGGCCGUCUCGAAACCUUCUUUGUACCGCCAAUGCUCAUACUUCUCGUUUGGAUUCUGCCGGUUCCAGUAGUCCUCGUGUGCUUUGAGAUUCUCGCCGAGCAGCCUGUUUUUGUCCUCUCCAGACGGAAUCUGCGGCUCUGAGCUCCGCGACGGAAUGCAUCCGGACUCCACCAUCGGCUUGAACCCCCACUCGCCGCCGUCCCCGUGCUCAAACUUGAAUGUCCAGAAGUAGGACCCAAAACCGGCACGUUCUUUGAACAGUCGCGCCUGCUCAUUGCCAAAGCGACGCACACACGCCUGACGGUCGAAGCUUCCCUUGCACCACGACGAAUUGUCCAGAACACACGAAUACUCGCCGAUCAUAAAGUCUGCCGGGCCAGACAGGUUGGUGAGCACCGAUCCGGACAGAUCCUGGAUGAUCUGGUCUACCCCCUUAUUUUUGUCCUCGUCGCUGAAACAUCUGUACACGUGGUGGUCGAUAACGAUCCCCGGAUCUGUGCCGCUCUUAGUGUGGCCGUUUACAAACUUCACCCACUGGUCCGGCCACCAGCCAUCGCUGAUGACCACGGGGAUGUCUGGGUUAACCGACCGGAUGGCUCUGACAGCCUCGAAAUAGUACUUUUUCUGCCCCAUGGCCUCGUCAAAAUCCGACUCGUUCACAACCUGUAGACCACACACGUUCUCAAACGAGGCAAGGUCGGAAGCUAUGAACUUGACAAUCGCCACAGCCUUAUCCACGGCCUUGGAGCUCUUCCAGAACCCGGCCUUGUCAAAACGCUCUCCCGAAUGGCCUCCUGUGUUGGCUCCCUUGGGCAGAGCAUGCAGAUCAACAACGACAGAAAUAUUGUAGUUGGCGGCCUUCUGGAUGUACUGUUUGUAAAUUGUCCACGCGUUCUGAUAUACUGCACCCACAGACUCGAAAGAUGUGCCGCUGUUGAAUUGGCGAGGGUCGACCGCCCAGUAACCGAUUGGUAGCCGGACUGACUGCACGCCCUUGGACUUGAGCCAGUUCCAGUCGUCAUCCGUGCAGUAGCCUGUCCAAUGAGCCUCAAAGAGCUUUCUGGUCUCGUCGAUGCCCUUCUUCUGCACGUUCAUCUUGACGGCGUCGAGCUCGUACUCGGUGUUGCCAAAGAGACUGUCGAACAUGUACUUCUCUAGCACAAACACGGAGCCGAAGUUCACGCCAAAGUUUUGACGGUAGAGAUAGAGCGUUCUGCGGUCAAUUUGCGACGGGGCGGCAACCGCGGGAAAGUCGGACGAAAG